GGGUGGAGAAUUCUGCAGGGAAGACACACAAAGUCCCCUUUGAGCCACCGCUCUCUGCAUGGGAUGUAUAUUUUCUUCAGAUGAUUUACAGGUUAGACACGCUGUGACCUUUCCCUCCCACCUGCAAACAGAUUAAAGAAGCUGAUUAACCAAGACUAAAAACCCUGGGUGAUGUUCUCUUAUGGGGAUCUUUGACAAAGCUCUCUUCUCCCAGCCCUCCCUCCCACUCCAUUCGCUUGCAAAUCGCUGUGCCUACAGAGGUCUUUACUGCCCCAGUCCCAAACCUGGAGCCCUGCAGCGCCAUCAGCGGCAAUAUCUUCCUAUGUGAGGGACUGUCUGUUAUUAAUCAGAAACGCUGAAUGAAAACCAAUCAGAUAGAGAGUUCCUUUGGCUUCAGCUUCCUGCCUGUCUGAGUGAGAAGUAAUGCUCCAAGAGGGAGGCACACUGAGAUGCAUGAAGAUUCAGCUGUGAAGAUACUAUAAAAAGAGGAGGAAUGAGACAGAAGCCACAACGCUGCCGGAAUCGUCAGUGCUGAGCAAGGCUAAACUCAGUUCCAUUGCUUACAACAGGGAAAUAGACGGUACAUUGAAUUUGAUAUCCUGCUGAAGCCGCAAAUAAUGAGGACUUACCAUUGCCUACCACUAUUCAUCUGGACCUAUAUGUUUUAUGCAGUUGAUGCUAUCCCAUUACAAGAAAAAUCUAACAGUGAUUUACCAAGCAAAAGGAUGAUGAGUUUGACAAAAGAUGAUGGUAAAAUGCUACAUCGCACCAAGCGUGGCUGGAUGUGGAAUCAGUUCUUUUUGUUGGAAGAGUACACAGGUACAGAUACACAAUAUGUAGGCAAGCUUCACACUGACCAAGAUAAAGGAGAUGGAAAUUUAAAAUACAUAUUAACAGGAGAUGGGGCUGGCAGUAUAUUCGUUAUAGAUGAAAAUACAGGAGAUAUUCACGCUGCAAAGAAAUUAGACAGAGAAGAAAAAUCCCUGUACAUACUUCGGGCCAAGGCUAUAGACAGAAAGACUGGACGGCAGGUGGAACCUGAAUCUGAAUUUAUCAUUAAAAUCCAUGAUAUAAAUGAUAAUGAACCAAAAUUCACAAAAGACUUAUACACUGCGAGUGUUCCUGAAAUGUCUGGAGUAGGAACAUCUGUAAUACAAGUGACUGCAACUGAUGCGGAUGAUGCCAACUACGGAAAUAGUGCCAAAGUGGUCUACAGCAUAUUGCAAGGACAGCCAUAUUUCUCAGUGGACCCAGAAUCAGGUAUAAUAAAAACUGCAUUACCAGACAUGAGCAGAGAAAACAGAGAGAAGUACCAAGUGGUUAUACAAGCCAAAGACAUGGGCGGCCAGAUGGGAGGCCUUUCUGGAACCACCACAGUGCACAUCACUCUGACGGAUGUCAACAACAACCCACCUCGAUUUCCCCAGAGUACGUAUCAAUUUAAUUCCCCCGAGUCUGUCCCUCUCGGAACACAUCUUGGAAGGAUAAAAGCCAAUGACCCCGAUGUGGGGGAAAAUGCUGAGAUGGAAUACAGCAUUGCUGAAGGAGACGGAGCUGACAUGUUCGAUGUCAUCACUGACAAGGAUACACAGGAAGGGAUUAUAACUGUCAAACAGAAUUUAGAUUUUGAAAACAAAAUGCUGUACACUUUAAGAGUGGAUGCAAGUAACACACACCCAGAUCCACGAUUCCUACACCUGGGACCUUUCAAAGACACAGCUGUGGUCAAAAUAUCCGUGGAAGAUAUAGAUGAGCCUCCUGUGUUCAGUAAAAUUUCUUACUUAAUAGAGGUCGAUGAAGAUGUAAAGGAGGGCAACAUCAUUGGGCAAGUUACGGCAUAUGACCCAGACGCCACGAACAAUUUCAUACAAUACUCUGUUGAUCGGCACACUGAUAUGGACCGGAUUUUCAGUAUCCACCCAGAAAAUGGCUCUAUUUUCACUUUAAAACCCCUUGACCGGGAAUCAUCUCCAUGGCACAACAUCACCAUUAUAGCCACAGAAAUAAAUAACUCAAAACAAAGUAGCCACGUUCCUGUCUUCAUCAGAAUUCUAGAUAUAAAUGACCAUGCUCCGGAAUUUGCCAUGUACUAUGAAACAUUUGUUUGUGAAAAUGCAAAACCUGGGCAGUUGAUUCAGACUGUCAGCGUCAUGGACAAAGAUGACCCUCCCCGAGGCCACAAAUUCUUCUUUGAACCAGUGCCCGAGUUUCCCCUCAAUCCAAACUUCACCAUUGUCGAUAACAAAGAUAACACAGCAGGGAUCAUGACUCGAAAAGAUGGGUACAGCCGCCACAAAAUGAGCACCUACCUACUCCCCAUUUUAAUCUUUGACAACGAUUAUCCGAUUCAAAGCAGCACUGGCACACUCACCAUCCGGGUGUGCGCCUGUGACCAGCAAGGAAACAUGCAGUCGUGCAGCGCGCAGGCCUUGGUCCUGGCCGCGGGCCUGAGCACCGGGGCCCUGGUGGCCAUCCUGCUCUGUGUCAUCAUACUGCUCGUUUUAGUUGUGCUGUUUGCUGCAUUGAAGAGGCAGCGGAAAAAGGAACCUCUGAUCAUUUCAAAGGACGAUGUCCGGGACAACAUCGUGACCUACAAUGACGAAGGCGGCGGGGAAGAAGACACUCAAGCUUUCGAUAUUGGCACGUUAAGGAACCCAGAAGCAAGAGAAGACAGUAAACUCAGAAGGGAUGUAAUGCCAGAAGCGAUUUUUCAGAUCAGGAGGACUGUGCCUCUGUGGGAAAAUAUUGAUGUACAAGAUUUUAUCCAUCGAAGAUUAAAAGAAAAUGACUCAGACCCCAGCGCACCUCCUUACGAUUCACUGGCUACGUACGCCUAUGAAGGGAAUGACUCCAUAGCAGACUCACUCAGCUCUUUAGAAUCGCUCACGGCAGAUUGUAACCAAGAUUAUGAUUACCUCAGCGACUGGGGACCUCGCUUUAAAAAACUGGCCGAUAUGUAUGGGGGUGAUGAGAGUGACCGAGAAUAGAGUAUUGUAUGACUUGACCCAUGUUAGUGGAAGUACUCUGUGUUACUGGAUUGAGUGGCCUGUAUUCUCUUCCUUGAAGGAACAUUUAAAAAAAAUCAAAAUUACAAACAAUACGUAGGUGUUGUCUUAGUAAGGGUUUGCUUAAUCAGUAAGUUUCUGUGAAUGAAUAUGAAUGACAUAGAUUUUUUUUAAAGUAAUAAUAUAAUAACCAGUUCACCCUCUUUGCCUAACAAUCUACGAAGGAAAGUAUAUCACAUCAAUAAUCAACAAAAAUAUAUAAAGGCUUUUUGUGCCUUUCCUUAGAUAUAAUAACUUUAUAAAUGUUUUCUUAACCGACUUAAAGUCACCUUUACUAUUAAAUGAAUCAUUGUGCAACUGCUUUGUAAAUUAAAAUGGAAAAACAUAUCCCUAAAGAAAUAGGAAUGACUAUUACUGACAUAUUUAUUUAGUUGAAGA